AUGACUUCUCCCUCUCCUCCAAGAACUGGCACUGGCACUGGCACCUAUCACGACUCUCCACGGACAUAUGAUUCUGGCCACACUCUGAGCAGCUCUGUCGCCGGCAGAUCUGCCCGUCUACGCCCCCCUCGGUCCCUCCCACCCUGGAUUGACUCCUGGGACGACAAACAUGGCUCAGUAAGCGACGACCAACUGCGACUACUCCAGCCGCCCAAUCGCGCUGUCCCACCACAACAUAACUCGUCACCAAGUGACCCCCAAAGACGAAUCUCGAAAGAUGGCUUCGUCGAUCCGCAAGAUCCUCUCUUUGGCCAGGGCCAGGAAACGAGAGGCAAAAUCCCCCACUUUAUGCGCUAUGGACGCGCCUCGAUGCGUGGCAGGAAAUGGGACCAUUUGAGAUCCGCAGAACCCGUCAUCGUGCCGGGACAUAAACCAGCGUUAACUUCACAGCCGAACAUAGCGUGGCAAGACUUUGUCCUCUCUUCGUCAUGGGGUCGCAUGACCAACGAGGACUCGAAAGUGGUGGACGUUGAGGCUCUAAAUGACCUACAACCAAAUUUCAACACACCAGCCCGCCACCCGUACGAUGCACAAGAAGCCAGGGUCUCACGGAAGAAGAGGACGCUAGCUCUGUACAAACGUCUAUGGAAUAUAGCUAUUCGGCACUCUCUUGCCCCUCUUGUGUUUAGACUGAGCGUCAUGGUCACUUCUAUCAUUGCUCUUGCUAUUGCAGCGCGGAUUCACCAGCUUGAAGACGUUGAUGACACGGAUUCAGCUGAAGAGACACAAUCCAUAGUUGCCGUGGCCGUAGAUUGCGUGGCUAUACCAUACAUUGGAUAUAUGAUCUGGGAUGAGUACACAGGCAAGCCUUUAGGAUUAAGAUCUGUUGUCUCCAAGAUUUCUCUCAUCUUGCUGGACCUCUUUUUCAUUAUCUUCAAGUCGGCAAGCACAGCACUUGCGUUCGAGAGCCUUGUCUAUCAUAACUUGUCCGAUACAGCAGUGAGGAGCUUGUCAAAGGCGCUGGCAGCAUUCAUGCUUAUGGGACUGAUUGCUUGGACGAUGAACUUUGCAGUCAACAUAUUCCGCACAGUGGAACGCCUGGGAGGAGGCGAAGAUGAUGGGCUGCAUGGCUAG